AUGUCUUCGUACAACCACGGUGUAGAAGAAUCGUAUGAUGCUGAAAACGCCUCUGUCAUUGCCAGCAUUGACUCUGGCCACGAGAGCGUUACUGGCGGUACCGGGAGCCGUAUUAAAAGCCCUGCAGUCUCAAGAAUCGAUGUGCCACCGAGGAGUCCAGCUGUCCAGAUGCCCAUGCCAACCCACUAUAUGCCUUUCUCUCCCUGGACCGUGGUUCCACCUGCUACGGUGCCCAAGAACUUCUUCAACUACGAGCUCCCUAAGACUGUCUUAUCCGUGCGGGACGGGUGGCAAUGGACCUCCCAAAGCGGAGCCGUCGUUUCCGGCCUCCUAGCCGCUGUCGCCGCCCAGCUCCUCGGAUUCUUCAAAGACGACGAGAAUCUCUCGCCUUCGGGCGCCGCCGGCUUCGUCAUCGCCUCCUGCUACGCCGCACUUUUCCUGAAUAUCGCUGCGACGAUCGGAUCAUUCGUUUUAAUUGACAACCUCGGCGAAGUGGGCUACCGCGCGGCCAAACGCGACGCAAAGGACGAGUUGUUGCAGGUGGAUACGAUUGGGGACUAUACCCCUGCAGUGAGCAAGAUGCUUGUGGACUUUGGAGCAAAUGGCAUAUGGAAUGGGAUGUUGUACCACUGGCUAAUAACGUUCUACCUCGGCAUCCUCAGCCUGAUAAUCUCUGUCCUCACAUACGUGAUCCUCUCCGAGUCACUCGCGACGCAGGUCGUGAUGUGUACCAUCGUCGCGCUGACACUCUUCCCAACGACGUUCUUCAUCUUCUCGGGUCUCUUCGCAAAAAGCAACCACCCUUACAACAAGGAGAGAAGCGGGAGGGCAUUUUCUUCAAUCUCGAGCUCGAAGACGUGA